AUGAUUAAAGAUCCGUCCAAGCUACAACGAAUUUCGAACAAGGUGAAAGAAGCUGAGAGCGGAGGUGUAUCAAGAACUUUAAAAAAUUCAAUCAUUUCAAAAAAUUCAGCAUCAAAAAGACGACUUGAGGAAGCUUUUGGUGUCAUGGAGCGGAAUAUAGUGGACAUCAAAAUCAUGAGAGGCUUGUGUGCUAAUGGUAUCCCAUUCAAUGUCUUGCGGAAUCCUCAAUUCAUUGAGAUGAUACAAGCCAUCAAGAAGUCACCGGAUGGAUAUAAACCUCCAUCUAGUGAAAAAGCAAGAAUCGUCUUGCUAGAUGAGUGUGUGAGAGAUAUUGAUAAAGAACUAAUACCGGUAAAAGACACUUGGUACACUCAAGGUGUUUCGAUUAUUUCGGAUGGAUGGUCUAAUGUCAAACACAAGCCACUUCUCAAUGUUGUUGCCGUCAAUGCUCGUGGUGCGGUGUUUAUGUAUGCGGAAGAUUAUUCGGGGGUUGAGAAAACGGGAGUGGCGAUUUCCAAGUUUCUAACAGGAGCAAUUGAAGCUGUUGGUCCAAGUAGUGUCUUACAAGUGGUGACGGACAAUGCGGCUAAUUGCAAAGCUGCCGGACGCGAGAUCGAAAAGGUAUUCAAACAUAUCUUUUGGUCACCUUGUUGUGUUCAUAGUUUAAACUUGAUUUUUAAAGAUAUGGCACAAGAAUUUUAUUGGAUGAGUGAUACCUAUAAGAGAGGAAAAGCAAUUGUGAAAUACUUUAUUAACCACACUCAUGCCUUGUCGAUGUUUCGUGAAAAUUCAAAACUAGAUUUAUUAAAGGUGGCUAGAACUCGGUUUGCUUCACACUAUAUUCUUUUAAAAAGAAUUAUGGAGUGUAGGGAGGCUCUUGCCACAAUUAUAGUCCUUAAUUCUUGGAGAGAUUGGGUUAAAUGUGGGGAUGAAAAUACGAGAAUUAAUGGGGCAAAAGUAUGUGAUACAAUUAAAGAUGAUUCGUUUUGGGAUGAUGUUGAAAGCAUUUUGGCUAUCACUAAACCCAUCUUUCUUCUUAUAAAGUUUUGUGAUGGUGAAGGCCCUAAAAUGGGUGAGAUUUAUGAGAGGAUGGAUAACAUGAUGGGGGAAAUCAAAUACAUAAUGCAGGAAAGCGAUAUCUUCAAAAAAAUGGCACCCGGUGGUAUGCAAAGGAAACCACCAAAUCUUGACAAAGAGGUUAUGCAAGGUGUCAUGGAAUCCUUCAAUAGAUUUUCUGAAAAUGAAGAGGAGGGACGAUUGUUACGAGAGCAAUUCGUAACAUUUCAUAUGAAGAAGGGUAUCUACUCUAUGGCAGAAACACAAACGGAUGCUUUGACAAUGGAUCCAAUAGAUUGGUGGUCAACCUAUGGAGCCGAAACCCCGGAUUUGGCCUUGUUGGCAAAGAAGGUACUUUCACAACCUAUUAGUAGCUCUUCUGCGGAAAGGAAUUGGAGUACUUAUUCUUAUAUUCAUAAUGUGAAAAGAAACCGGUUGAAUGAAAAAAGAGCCGAUAAAUUGGUUUACAUUCACUCAAACAUUCGACUCCUAUCUCGUUUCCACGAAUCAUACAAAUCCGGCCCAAACAAAAAGUGGGACAUCAAUCCCGAAAGCACUUACAUUGAAGGCUCGAGUUCACGAUUAGAUGACAUGCUUUGGGAGUGCUUAGAUGAAGAGGAUUUGGAGAAUGGACAAGGAAAAAAGCAGCGGGUUGAUUGA